AUGGGCGCCCUGAAAUACGUCGAGGAGCUCCAAAAAAGAAGCAAUCCGAUGUCCUCCGUUUCCUACUACGAGUACGAUGCUGGGAGGUAUGAAAGAUCUGCAAGCAUGACCACGAAUAGCAAGCAGCUUGGUGGCUCGUCUUCGAGCCCUCUUCGCCAAUUAAACGUCAUACACCGUGCCUCGCGUCCCUCGCGCCCUGAUAAAGCUCGCCGUCUUGGGUAUAAAGCAAAGCAAGGCUACGUGAUCUAUCGCGUGCGCGUGCGCCGAGGCGGUAGAAAGAGGCCAGUGCCCAAAGGUGCCACAUACGGAAAACCUACAAACCAAGGUGUCAAUCAGUUGAAAUAUCAACGCUCGCUCAAAGCCACCGCUGAGGAACGUGUCGGCCGUCGCUGCGCCAAUCUCAGAGUUCUGAAUUCUUAUUGGAUCAAUCAAGACUCUACGUAUAAAUAUUUUGAGAUCGUCUUAGUAGAUCCGGAACACAAGGCGAUUCGUCGUGAUUCGAGGAUCAAUUGGAUCGUCAAACCUGUUCACAAGCAUCGCGAGUCACGGGGUCUUACAGCAACCGGCAAGAAGUCACGAGGUUUGAACAAGGGACACAAAUUCAAUAAGACUAAGGCGGGACGGAGAAAGACAUGGAAGCGUCAUAACACGGAGUCUUAUUGGCGAUAUCGCUAA